GAGUUAUAUUUUCACUUCUUGAUUGAUUUUUACAUCAAUAUAAGCAUGAGCAAUUACAAACGGAAGAGCAAUUUGAAAGGAAGCAGCACAUUUAACCAGGAUGCCAAUGAAAUGGGCUUCAGUUCUUGUGCUGAUACUUCUGAGUUGUUCCUUUACCUCUGGGAGUUGUGGAAAGGUGCUGGUGUGGCCAACAGAAUUCAGCCAUUGGAUCAAUAUGAAGACAAUACUGGAUGAACUUGUUCAGAGGGGACAUGAGGUCACUGUUCUGGCAUCUUCAGCUUCCAUUCUUGUUGAUCCCAAUGAAUCUUCUGCUAUUAAAUUUGAGGUUUAUCCUACGCGUCUUAUUAAAGAUGCUUUUGAAAGGCUUUUCAUGCAAUCGGUGAAGAAAUUGACAUAUUAUCCAAGAGAUACAUUUUGGACAUAUUAUUCACUAAUGCAAGAAACUGCUUGGGAAUAUUCUGCUAGUAUUAAAAAGUUGUGUGAAGAUGUAGUUUCAAAUAAGCAACUUAUGAGAAAACUACAAGAAUCAAAGUUUGAUAUUGUUCUUGCAGAUGCCAUUGGUCCCUGUGGUGAGCUGCUGGCUGAGCUUCUUAAAAUACCAUUUGUGUAUAGUAUCCGGAACACUGCUGGCUAUAACUUUGAAAGAUAUAGUGGAGGACUUCUAUGCCCUCCUUCCUAUGUUCCUGUUAUUUUUUCAGAAUUAAGUGAUAAAAUGACAUUUAUGGAGAGGGUAAAAAAUAUGUUAUAUAUGCUUUAUUUUGACUUUUGGUUCCAAACAUUUAAUGUGAAGACUUGGAAUCAGUUUUACAGUGAAGUACUAGGAAGACCCACCACAUUAUAUGAGAUGAUGGGAAAAGCUGAAAUGUGGUUCAUUCGAACCUACUGGGAUGUUGAAUUUCCUCGCCCACUCUUACCACAUUUUGAGUUUGUUGGAGGACUCCACUGCAAACCUGCCAAACCCCUGCCUAAGGAAAUGGAAGAGUUUGUCCAGAGCUCUGGAGAAAAUGGCAUUGUAGUGUUUACUCUUGGGUCAAUGAUCAGUAACAUGACAGAAGAAGCAGCCAAUGUGAUUGCAUCAGCCCUUGCCCAGAUUCCACAAAAGGUUCUGUGGAGAUUCAAUGGCAAGAAACCAGAUACCUUAGGACCCAAUACUCGUCUCUUUAAGUGGAUCCCCCAAAAUGACCUCCUUGGUCACCCAAAAACCAAAGCUUUUAUAACUCAUGGUGGAACCAAUGGCAUGUACGAAGCUAUCUACCAUGGGAUCCCUAUGGUGGGCAUUCCUUUGUUUUGGGAUCAAUUCCAUAACAUCGCUCACAUGAAGUUCAAGGGGGCAGCAGUGAGUCUGGACUUUGUCACAUUGACAAGCACAGAUCUACUUAAUGCUUUGAAGACAGUCAUCAAUGACCCAGUCUAUAAGGAGAAUGCCAUGAAGUUAUCAAGAAUCCACCAUGACCAGCCCAUGAAGCCCCUGGACCGAGUGGUCUUCUGGAUUGAGUUUAUUAUGCACCACAAAGGAGCCAAGCACCUCAGGCCAGCUGCCCUUGACUUGACCUGGGCACAAUACUACUCUCUGGAUGUAACUGGAUUCCUGCUGGCCUGUGUGGCAACUGUCACUUUCCUUAUCAUAAAGUGUUGCUUGUUUGGCUACCGAAAAUUUGUGAAGACAGGGAAGAGGGAAAAGAAGGAGUAGAGUUCCUUGAGACCUAAGGCUAUUAGGCAUGGCUAGAAGAGAAAAAAACAGGAAAGGCUACCAUGGACUUUCAGAUUUGCCUGUUCUACAAAAUAUCGGGAUGUUGUUAAUGAUGCCUAAAUAAGGAAAAUGGAGGAAGCUAUCUUGAAGAGUCAGAGCUAUCCCACAGCCUCAGGGAGGGCAGUGGUGUUCAUAGUCACGGAAAACUUCACAUGGGAGAUAGCACAUCUGCUAAAGUUCACUCAUCUUCC